CAACUCUCCAAAAAAUAUUUGGCUCAUUUUUUUUCGUAGCAAGAAUUGAUGUAAUGGUUUCAUAAGAACACAACGAAUCACACCUACUACAAUAGACUGAUGGAACUACAACAGGAUACCUGGAUACAAUAGAUUUUCUGAAAGUUUCCCCGUUCGAAAUCUUUCCGUGGAUCUCUCGUAGAGUUAUCGGAAAUCUUUCGCCAUUUGUCUGUAUUUAGUCACCAGGCUUUCGCGUCCCUGAUUCAAAUCCAAGAUGGCGGGCGCCAUGAAUGUGCCAUGUGGUUUUAAAUUUCUUCUUCAAUUCAAUGAAUUUUUUUUCUUACGAAACUCUCUCGAGAAAAUGAUUAUUGCUUUGGCUUAGGAAACUCCCCUUUUUACUUCUGAAGCCACAAGGGAGAAAAAAUUCAAGAAUUUGGUGUUUUUUUGCUGUCUCUUAUGAGCUGUCAUCACAAGUUCUUUUAGCUCAAAUUUCUGCAAAAAAUGGACUCGGAGCAAAUGAAAAAAAUUGAAGAGGUCUACAAGAAAUGGGAGAAGAAAAGUUCAGGAGGCAGAUACGCUGCAGGCUCAGUAGCUAGCACUGGAAUGCAGACAGGAAGGAGUGAAGGGGGAAAUGAUUGGGUUAGAAAAUAUGGUUAUUAUCCACAAGCACCUACAAGGAGACCUGCAAGAUCCAAAAGACGAAAACAGAAGCAGGAUGAUUUUGAGCCUAUGCUUCCAGUGGAGAGGAAGUUCCAAGUACCGCCAGCAAUAAUCCCAGGAGAGUUCAGCCGAGAAAGACCAUUCAUGGGGAAGGGCUGUAAAACCUGUUGCUCUGACAGCGUACAGUUAUUGUACCAUGACAGAAUACCUAGCAGAGGAAUGCAUAACAUUUUAAACAUUGCUGUAUAUCACAAACAGAAUCUUUUUAGAAGAACCUUCUGUCAUAUGACUUUUAUCUGGAAUUGUGAUGUUAGUUAUGACUUCCCUGAUGUCAAGAAAUCCGUAGUGAAUUCUGAGAGGGUUCAGAAUUGUAUAAUGAAUUCAGUUUUUCAAGAAUCAGCAAAUGGGAACAACGCAGCACAAUUAACUGAAAAAGAAUUAAAGUCACUGGACAAGGCAAGACAGCAGCAAAUAACCUCUUUAACGAAGAAAGCUAAUGAAAUUAUCAAUAGGAUGGCGGCCGGAAUUUACAGAAAAUUGAUCAGGUUUACUGGAUGGUUUUUGUUCAAGUUGUUUGGAAGACUGUUGACCAGUAUCCAGAUACACAGGGGACAAAUAGAAAUGGUGCAACAGGCUACACAGGUGUUAACACAGGAGAAUAAACCUCUAGUGUUUCUUCCACUUCACAAGAGCCAUCUUGAUUACAUACUAGUCACGUAUGUCCUUCUCACUUGCGACAUAAAAUCACCACAUGUUGCUGCAGGAGAUAACCUUGGGAACAUGUUUUUGUUUAGCUGGUUAAUGAGACAUCUUGGUGGAUUUUUUAUCAAGAGAAAACUAGACCACACGAGUGGUAAAGAUGAUCUGUACAAGUGUACUUUACAAGAGUAUAUUCAGCAGCUACUUAUCAAAGAACAGUACCUUGAAAUGUUUAUAGAGGGUAGCAGGUCACGUACUGGUAAAGCUAUGGUACCAAAGUCAGGUCUCCUAUCAAUCGUGGUUAAUGCUGUUUUAGAAGGUAUUGUACCAGAUGUUCUAAUUGUUCCAGUAAAUAUCUCAUAUGAAAAGACAUUUGAAACAAGUUAUUCAAGAGAAUUGUUGGGUGAACCCAAGAGACCAGAAACAUUUUAUGAAGCUGUUAAAGGAAUCUUCCAAGUACUGGGGUCCCGUUAUGGUCAUAUUCGUGUCGACUUCUCUCAGCCAUUCUCACUUAAGGAGUUCUCUGAGAACAUGGAUCUCUCUGUGAGUAUGCAGGAGUUUGGUUCUACUAUGGUUGCCAGGUCUUCAGUAACGUCUAGCCCAGCGUCGUCCAUGCUAAGGAACGUCUCUGAUCUCUCCUUGUCUGAUUUCGGAGAGGACAAGUGUUUCUCUCUGACUAAGGUUUUGGGCUAUCAUGUGAUUUAUGAUGCUGUGCAGUGCAGUGCCGUUAUGAGUACCAACAUGCUCGCAUUUCUUUUUAUCUACAAUCACAGGAAGGGAGCUUCGUUUGAUGAGUUGGUUUAUUCGUUUGAUGAACUGCGACAAGAGAUCUUAUCAAGAGGAAGGGAUGUUGGCUUCAGCGGUAAGACCCCCGAUGUGGUCCAGCAUGCUCUAGAACUGUUGGGAAAUCUUGUAGAUGUUGAAGAAAAUGGCGAAGAAAAAUAUAUAAAACCGCGAUUACGAGUGCCUGAAGUUAUCGACCUACAUAAUUACAGCAAUCUGGUUCUGUGUAUAUUUGCACUAGAGGCUGUAGUAGCGUGUAGUAUUUGUGCUGUAGCACAAGAGAAUGACAUUGAAAUAACAGACAUCGAACAAGAACAGAGUUUACCACAAACAAUGAUUAUCGAAAAAGCUGAAGAUCUUUGUGAACUGCUACAGAAAGAAUUCAUCUUUAUUCCGCCUUGUGCGUCACUAGAGGCAAGACUGAAGGAAACGAUUGAUAAGUUUAUCUCAAGUGAGAUCCUCCAAAGCACCACACAGACAUCUUCCAGUAGUCGUCAGUGGUCCACUUGGGAUGACGAAGAAGAUUCGUAUUCUGCUCCUGAACCAGAAUACAAGCUCACCACUUCGAUGCAAGAGCUAUCCCGGCUAAAGUUCCUCCAGUCUUUAUUAUCACCGCUGAUCGAAUCUUAUUGGGUCGCUGCAUGUGGGUUGCUAUGGUUACCUGGACAAGCUUUCACCGAGGACGAGUUCCUAAGGGCAGUACAUGAUUGUUCUAAAGAAAGAUUACAACAGGACGUCACAAUGUAUCCUGAGAGCUGCUCUCUCGAGCCAUACCGCAAUGCAAUACGCAUCUUCAAAGAGAAUAUGGUUCUUGAGCUGUUUAAAGAAUCUGAUGGAACUAAAACCCUACUACGCUUGACUGACAGAUACAACAACCAAGAGAGUAUCUUUGAGUUCAUUUCAAGUAUUGGCCAGUUCAAGAUGUAAUUGACAGCAACACUUCUAAUAAGAUGAUGCGAAGACGCUUCUUCGAUGCUAGGAGCCAUUUCAGAAUUAGAAGGACAAAGAAUGAGAGAAAGAUAAGGAAAGCACCAACUCUCUUUCUCUCUCUCUCUCCCAAUGUUUCUUGAAAUAACUUUUUUCCAAUAUUUCUUGAAUGAACUUCUCUCUGAUCUUAAACUCAAUCUGUAUGUUCUAUCUAUGAAUUUGUUCCAAUAUUUCUUGUUACUAGGGAGUGAGACCAAUAAAUCGACAUAUGUUCGAAAACUU